AUGGUCCCAGUGUCACGAAAGAGAUCCACACCCAAUUCCAGCGACGACGACGAUAUGGACGAACCGCACCGCAAACGGCAACGCAUAUCGCCCGUUCUCCCACAAACACCUCCUCCCGAGCUCGAGCUACCGCAUACUGAUAAAAUGGAAUCUUCACUCUUCGAUAGCGACGUGCGGACGCUGCUGCGCAAAACUAUAUGUCAGACACUGGCACAUGUCGGAUAUGAUAGGGCGACAGAGGAAGCGCUGGAGGCGAUGUGUAUGCAGGUCGACACUUAUACCACGCAUUUACUCUCGCAAGUUACAAAUUCGAUGCUGAAUGCUAGAAGAAAUGUACCCAUACCACACGACAUAGCAUACGCGUUUAAUCGGUAUCAAUUACCACUCGCAUCACUAGAACCGCAUUUGCGACCUCCAAUUUCCGUACCGAAACUCAAGGUAGAGGUCGAACCGGCGCCGGAGGAAGACAAGACGACGAAAAAUAUUAUAAGGAUAUUGGGGAAGGAACUUAAUGGUGAAGUGGAAAAGGCACAAAAAUCAUAUAUUCCGAAAGGGUUCCCUGCGUUCCCAAGCAAACAUACAUUUAAAUGGACGCCCAAGGAAAGUGAACGCGUAACGGAUCCGCGAAAGAUUCGCGAAGAGGCUGCAAAGAAUGCGAGGAUGGGGGAAGAAGCUCUGAGACGUCUUGUUAAGGUUGGAAAGGUGGGCAAAGAUAGGGAUAUGAAACGGAUGGCUGGUAGAGAUCCAAAAAGCAAGGAACGACAUGAAUUAUGGGAGCGCGCCAUGUUAAGUUUGGCCGGCGAAAAGGGUAAUACACAUACUGCAAGUGGGAACGGGAAUGGAAAAGAAAAGAUGAGGGAUCUGGCGCUGGAUGAGCGCAGUAUGGUGGUUAAUGCAGAAAAACAGUAUUUCAGAACGGGGGCACCGGCGAAGAGGAAAAUUCAACCUCAACCUCCGCCUCCGCCUUCGCCCAUGGAUGAGGAUUUAGUACAAUUGGAGCCAUAG